CUGCUCUCUAAGUAGUGAAAUAACUAGGAAAUAUGUUCCGUACAAAUGAGGGUGUAGGAAUUUCUACACCCUGGGAUCAUCCUACCGCUUAUUACGAAUGGAAUAAAUCCUGACCGUCCGUAUUGGACGGCACCGAUCAAUUCUAGUACUAAUCAGCGACGGGAUCAUACCUAACCACUGAAAAAUUUCGAAUUCCAAGAGAAAUAUACGGCUCCACUUUCUCUGUUUCCAAUUUCCCUCUUUGUCUCUCCCCUCUCUUUCUACAUACACCUUUUCCAUCUUCUCUGUACUCUCUCUCUCUCUCUCUCUCUCUCUUUCUCUCUCUCUCUCGCGCGCGCCCGCGCGCUAAAGGCGUUAAAUAAUCAACAAUGUCGAUCAGUGUGGAGACGCACAGCGACACGCUGUUCACGGUCAUCUUCAACGGCUCCGACGAGAUCCUGACGACGGUGACCUCGUCGGGCGCGGACGCGGAGGCGUGGGUCGCGGAGGUGCUCCGCGUGCACCGCCACCGCCUCGACCGCCUCGUGGUGGGGCUCGACGCGGAGUGGCGCCCCAACUUCUCCGCCGGCGCGGCACCCAACCCCGUCGCCCUCGUCCAGCUCUGCGUCGGGCGCCGCUGCCUCGUCUUCUCCCUCCUCCACGCCGACUACGUCCCCCUCGCCCUCGCCAACUUCCUCGCCGACACCCGCUUCGCCUUCGUCGGCGUCGGCGUCGCCGGAGACGCCGAGCGCCUCGCCGACGAGUGCGGGCUCCCCGUCGCCGACGCCGUCGACCUCCGCGACCUCGCCGCCGAGAGGACGGGGCGCCGCCAGCUGAAGCAGAUGGGGCUCGCGGGGCUCGCCGCGGAGAUCAUGGAGGUCGAGGUGAGGAAGCCCAGCCGGGUGAGGAUGAGCCGCUGGGAUCGGAGGGACCUGACCCUGGAUCAGAUCGGGUACGCGUGCGUCGACGCCUUCCUCUCAUUCGAGAUCGGGAGGAGGCUCUUCGCCGGGGAGUUUUGAGAUCGGGGGGAGCGAUAACGUCUGGUGUUCAUCCUGGUGCUCUCUAAUAAUGGCUGUAGAUAUGGUAUGGAUUUAGGGCCGUACUUUGGAUCUUUGCUGUAAAAGCCCUUCUUAAUCGCGUAGAAGUACAUGUUUUGAUUGUGUGGAAAUUUUAAAGUACAUGUUUUCUAGAUUUGGUGAUGCAGAAGCAUGCCCCUGCUAAGUGCAGACUACAAUGCAGUGUUCUGUUUUUUCACCACCGCCUUUUCUUUUGACAUCUUAUGAUGUUUCCUGCAUUAGAUUGCAUAGAAGCAUGCCCUGCUAACUACAAUGUAGUGUUCUGUUUUACGAUCA